AUGGACAAAAAACCAUUCAAAGUCAUCAUUGUGGGUGGCAGUAUUGCAGGGCUUUCCCUAGCCUUGAUGCUAGAGAGGAACGGCAUUGAUUUUGUCAUCCUUGAAGCAUACGGCAGCAUUGCACCUCAGGUCGGGGCUAGUUUUGGCGUUUUGCCAAACGGCUUUCGCAUUCUAGAUCAACUGGGUUGUUACGAGUCAGUUCUGGAGAAGGCAGAAUACCCUGUUGACACAUUCUGCUUCCGUGAUUCGCAAGGGAAAGCAUUCUGGACAUUUGAUAACUUUAACGAGACCUCCAUCGGAAGGCACGGCUAUCCUGUCGUCUUCCUCGAUCGACGAAUGUUGAUAGAAGUCCUCUAUGAAAAGAUCCAGGAUAAGUCCAAAGUGCUCACCUCUCAGCGGGUCCAGAGUAUUGAAAAUGGUACUUCGGGUGCCACAGUUACCACAACGACUGGUCAAACCUACACUGGAGAUAUCGUGAUCGGAGCAGACGGGAUCCAUUCCAAAGUCCGUCAAGAGAUGUGGAAAGCGGCCGAAAAGGUUGAUCCCACAUGGAUCGAUCCUACAGAGGAGUCUGCAUUGCCCGCAACUUACGCAUGCAUCUUCGGCAUUUCCAAGGGCGUGGAGGGAGUCGAGAAAGGUAUGCUGAGCUCGGUGUUUAAUGAGCAUUUCUCGUAUCUUAUUCCCAGCGGACCCGGGGACCUCACCUACUGGUUUCUCGUGCGGAAUAUGGGAAAGACGUACUAUGGUGCCGAUAUCCCUCGGUUCACCAAGGAGGAGGAAGAGGCAUUUGCAACGGAACAUCUCGAUGACCAGAUCACUCCUACGCUGAAAUUCUCCGCUCUGUACAAGAGCAAAAUUGCCUCGGCAUACACCAGUCUGCCAGACCACAAGUUUGAGCCCUUGACAGGCCAAGGUGGCAAUAAUGCAAUGGAAACCGCCGCAUCCCUCACGAAUCAUCUCGUUGCGGCCCUCAAAAACAGCCAGUCGGGCACGCUAUUGUCGACAGAGAUUUCCAAAAUCUUUGAGAGUGUCCAGCAGCAACGAGAAAAUCGUGCGUGGGGGUUGGUCAAAGCAUCCCAUAUCCGCCAGCGUCUGGAGUGCAUGGAAACGCCCUUGUUGAAGUUCAUGGCAAGAUAUGUGGUGCCACGUUUCUCCAGAUACCUUAUCUUCGGCAAAUGGAUCGACACGUAUUGUCCUGCAGUGUCCUUGGACAUGCUUCCACUGCCGCAUAGGCCUCGAGAAAUCCCAUAUUUCGACGAGCGCUUCAGAACGCCGUCGUCUCGGGGUGUCGUCAGCAUUGUGUUGUACGCUCUGUACUUCCUCUUGGCCUGGUUAGGCCAUCGUCAAUUGUCGACAGCAAUCAGGGAGAAUGGAACAAUUGGAUUUGUCCGCCAGGCCGUCAAGAGCCAGUCCAUCCUACUCCCAGGAGGACUGGAAGCUCCCCUUCGCCAGGUGUACACAGGGAUUGGACCUGUUGACCUCUUUUUGAAAGUCAUUGUAACAAUAUUCAUGCCAGCGAUCACCAAUUUCUCAACCCCGGAGCAGCCAUUUCAAGUUCUCUACUUCCUGGCUUCUAUGAUGCCGAUUAUCGCUAUCUGGACGGUUGAAGGGUUCCGACCAAGGAACCAAUGGACCCUUCUUGCCAUACCGAGUAUAUGGGCAGUUCUGUAUCAGAUGCGAGGAAUUGGGCUGAUUGCACCGCUCUAUUUCGCCUCAAGCACCUUUGUCUCCUCUCGGAUAUCAUACUUCUCCCCAAGUAGCCGCACUCUUUCUGAAUCCACUGCUCGAGCGAUACUACCUGCACUAGUACUGGGAUUCAUCGUGCCCACGAUCAUGCUGUUCUUCCCAUUGGCCAAUGCCUUGAGCACGCGACAGAUUUUCAUCGCACUGUGGCAGCCCGCUCCGAUAUAUGUGGUUAUCUUGACUCAGAUAUUCUCCUGCGUCAUCAAAUCGAUCAGUUCCAGCACACCGACCAAAACCGGUAGCGCUGCAUCGGAGAGCAAAUCCAAUCGGGACAUCCCACACUUGAAAACUCUCUAUGCUGUGGCUGGUGGUGUAGCUGCUUGUUUCCACGUGGCAUUGCUGCUGACCUGGGCCGCUUCGGGGACAAACUUUAUCACCAAGGCGUUCAUUCCAUCCGAUGCCUUCGCACAGGUGGAGACACUUGCAGACGGUGUCUUCGUGUUUUUCCAGAACGACUUCCUGCUUGUUGCAGCGGCAACUCUUCUGUGGUGUCUAGCUAGCGUAUGGGAUCUAUACCGCCUUGGGGUUUCUAAUGUCUCCUGGCAGGUGGCAAUGGCUGGUUUGAUUCUGGGUUCUCUGGCAAUUGGACCGGGUGCGACGGCGGCGGCUGUGUGGUAUUGGCGGGAGGAGGUAAUGAGUCGGACAUCUUUCCUCCGACAUGGCCCCGUCGCUAGCUCAAACAAGAGUAUUUGA